CGCCGCAGUAGCUAGGGUCCGGCCGCCGGGGAGGAAGCGGCUGUCGCGAGCUUCUCGGGCGUCCGGGCCGAGCUGGCAGCUGGUUGGUGCUUGGACCUCGGCCGCGGCGGCGGGUCCCUCCACGUGCUUUCGGCGGCGACAUGGAGCUGGAGGAGUUGGGGAUCCGAGAGGAAUGUGGCGUGUUCGGAUGCAUCGCCUCGGGAGAGUGGCCCACGCAGCUCGAUGUGCCGCAUGUGAUCACCCUGGGACUCGUGGGGCUGCAGCACCGGGGUCAAGAGAGUGCUGGUAUUGUGACUAGUGAUGGGAAUUCAGUGCCGACGUUCAAAACACACAAGGGGCUAGGUCUUGUAAAUCAUGUCUUUACCGAGGACAAUUUGAAGAAGUUAUAUGUCUCAAAUCUUGGAAUUGGACACACGAGGUAUGCCACUACAGGAAACUGUGAAUUAGAAAAUUGUCAGCCCUUUGUUGUCGAAACACUUCAUGGGAAGAUCGCGGUGGCACAUAAUGGCGAAUUGGUAAAUGCUGCUCGAUUAAGGAAAAAGCUUCUGCGCCAUGGUAUUGGUCUGUCCACAAGUUCUGAUAGUGAAAUGAUUACCCAAUUACUGGCAUACACCCCUCCUCAGGAACAAGAUGACACUCCCGACUGGGUAGCAAGGAUUAAAAACUUGAUGAAGGAAGCACCCACAGCAUACUCCUUGCUUAUAAUGCACAGAGAUGUUAUUUAUGCAGUCCGAGACCCUUAUGGAAAUCGUCCUCUUUGCAUUGGCCGUCUUAUCCCAGUAUCUGAUAUAAAUGACAGAGAGAAAAAACUAUCAGAAACUGAGGGAUGGGUGGUAUCUUCAGAGUCUUGUAGCUUCUUAUCUAUUGGUGCAAGACCAGACAGUAUGUUUGAAGACCAGAUGGUUUAUACAGUAAGAUAUCGUUGUGGCCAGCAGCUGGCUCUUGAAGCACCUGUGGAUGCAGAUUUGGUCAGCACGGUUCCUGAAUCUGCUACACCUGCAGCUCUUGGUUAUGCAGGAAAGUGUGGGCUUCCCUACGUGGAGGUGCUGUGUAAAAACCGGUAUGUAGGAAGAACCUUCAUUCAGCCAAACAUGAGACUAAGACAGCUUGGUGUUGCAAAAAAGUUUGGAGUUUUGUCGGACAACUUUAAAGACAAAAGAAUUGUUCUUGUAGAUGACUCCAUUGUGAGAGGCAAUACCAUCUCACCUAUAAUAAAAUUGCUCAAAGAAUCCGGUGCAAAAGAGGUACAUAUUCGAGUAGCUUCACCACCAAUUAGAUAUCCAUGCUUCAUGGGAAUAAACAUUCCCACAAAAGAAGAGCUUAUUGCCAAUAAACCAGAAUUUGAUCAUAUUGCAGAAUAUCUAGGAGCAAACAGUGUUGUAUACCUGUCAGUAGAAGGACUGGUUUCAUCUGUACAAGAAGGGAUACAAUUUAAAAAACCGAAAGGGGAAAAGCAUGACAUUAUGAUUCAGGAAAAUGGAAAUGGUCUGGAGUGUUUUGAAGCCAACGGUCAUUGUACAGCUUGUCUCACUGGAAAAUACCCUGUGGAAUUGGAGUGGUAGCUGGGAGGGGCAGAUGUGUUGCUUCAAGAUAUGAAGGUUGUCAAGAAGUUACGGUGGUUACAUCUUGUCUAUUUACUGUUACUCAGCUGGUACAAUAUACGAUGCCACUUGCUUAUGUUUACCUUUGUAAGUUUGAGAUAUUUUUUUCUGAACAGAGUACCAAAGUGCUACAGUUGGAUCUCGCCAAUUGCAUAUAACACAACAGUGGGUCGUAUGCCUUUUUUCAUACAAGCAUUGGCUAGCCUUUUUUUACCUGGUCAGAGAAGGGAGCUAGUAAGUGACAUUUGCCAAAUCCAUAUUUUAAAGGGUUUGCAAGAGGUUAGACUUAAGAUAAUUGUGUUACAGACAGGACAGGUGAGUUAAAUAUAACCUACCACGCAAAGUUUGAAUCCAUUAUGCCCCGUACAUGUCUAGCCUCGACAGUUCUGGCUGUAGGUAGGACCUUGGCUUUUCUGUCCAACUAGAAAAAUCUUUAAAACAAAAAUAAAAGAUUAUUUUAUGCCUCAGUUUUCCCACCUGUGCCAUGGGAUACUUACUAAUUAAUAGAAAUGUGAAUGUGUCAAACUCUUGGUGAAAUUGGAAUGGUAAUUCCAAUUCCACAGAGUAUUAUUUCUUCCCUAAAUUUAAAUAAGAUAGUUCAUGAUUACUAGCUUUUGAAAAGUUAAUGAUUAUUAACUUUUUUGAAAUCCAUUGGCAACUAAGAUUUCAUUAAAUCAAAAAUUAGCUGGGCAUGUUGGCACACACCUGUCAUUCCAGCUACUUGGACAGCUGAGGCAGAAGC